UUUCAGUACUUUUAUUGUUUGUCUAAUAUCACGCCUGUGUUUGGUUUCUCAGAAAACCACCGGAAAAUUUAAGGGAAAGAAAAGGAACGAAAGGAAAACAUAAAAUAUUUUUAAUUUCUGUUAUAGUUUAUAAUCUACCAUCAGAAAGCUGGCGGUUUUUUAUUUUUUGCAGAGUUUAUAUUAAAUAAAUGAACUUUUGGGUCUCUGAAUUCAUUUUUUAUUGUUGAGAAAAUGUAACUUUUUUCCCUGGAGAAUCCUUAACGGAAGUACUUUCCGGCAGAAUUUUAAAUUGUUCAGUGAUUUAGACUUUUUGUCUUGAAUUCUUGAAGCUCAACGUCAACCAACCAAUUGGUGGAAGUAUGGUAGCAGUCAUGGAAACUGGUGUAAACAGUUCUGGACCAGCUGAUGGUUCUGUAUCGCUAAUGGACCAAAAUGCAACCAAUCCUGGGCCAAUUGAUGCUUCUGUACUUUAUGACCAAGAAAACCAUGUCUCCUCGGCAGUAUGGGAUGGGCAGGAGCGUGGUGUGCUUAGAUGUCAUGAGCACACUUCAAAGUUGGGUGAAUGGAGGCUUACACAACGACAAAUUGAGUUGGUGGAGAAGGCUGGGUUUGGAUAUUUAAGAAGGUUUCCUUCUAUUAGCCUAGACAAUCCACUCAUUUCUGCUCUUGUUGAGAGAUGGAGGAAAGAAACAAACACCUUUCACUUGAGGGUUGGAGAAAUGACAAUAACCCUUGAAGAUGUUGCAUUGUUGCUUGGGUUAGCAAUUGAUGGAGAACCUGUCCUAGGUGUAACAUAUACUUCGUGCAAGUCAGUCUGUGAAAAGUUUCUGGGAAGGGUCCCUGAUACUGGGUACAUGAGUGGCGGAAUGGUAAAACUAAGUUGGUUGAAGGAGUACUUCUCCCAGUGUCCUGACGAUUCACCACUGGAAGAGAUUGAGCGCCACACACGUGCUUACCUUUUGUACCUUGUGGGAAGUACAAUCUUUUCAACUACUACUGGGAACAAAGUCCCUAUCAUGUACCUCCCACUGUUUGACGAUUUUGAAAAGGCAGGAAAGUAUGCAUGGGGUGCUGCAGCAUUGGCUUUUUUGUAUAGAGCACUUGGUAGAGCAUCUCUUAAAUCUCAAAGUACAAUCAGCGGUUGUUUGACACUACUACAGUGUUGGAGUUACUUUCACCUUAAUAUUGGCCGACCAAAUUUUUACCAAGAGCCAGUCCGUGAUUGUUUCCCAUUUGUACAUUGGUGGAAGGGAAAACAAAGUGCUGCAACAGUGAAACGGGACAUAAUAUUUUAUCGUAAGGCAUUGGACUCCCUAAAACCAUGUGAUGUGGAGUGGGUUCCUUACAAUAAUUUGGACAGUAAUUUAAUUCCAAAAAGUGUCAGAAGUAGUUUGAUUCUUGGGAGAUCAAAGACAAUGUUGAUCUGCUUCGACAAGGCAGAAAGACACCUCCCUGAUCGUUGCUUAAGGCAAAUUGGCAUGCUUCAAGGAAUCCCAAAAGAUGUGGAUCAUUGGGAGAGAAAGAGCCGUGGAGUUGACAGUGGGAUAGACCUGUCGGGGAAAAUGGAAUCAGAGCUUAGUGAAUGGUCAGCCCGUAAACUCCACAUUGUGCAAGAUGAUGGUGGCAGAGUUGAUGAAAGAGAAUACAUGCACUGGUAUUCAAGAAUUACACGUAAAUUUGUAGGAAGGCCAGUGUCUCCCUUGCCUCAGUUUCAGAGAACAGUAAAGUUCAGAACCAAAAAGAAGAGAAUGAAUGCUGGUUUAAGAGAUAUUGCACAUUUAGCAGAUACAUUCUUAACCGAAGGGUUGGAUCCCAUGCAAAUUGACUCUAUAACCAGGAUCAGGUCUAUUGCACAUGAUUGUUUAGGGGACCAUAUCGCAGAUGAAACAGUAAUUUCAGUCAAUUCACAGAUAGGAGACCUCGUUGAAGAUACAACCGUAGUUGCAACGACUUCACAGAAAGAAGACCAUGAUGGAAAUGCAACCAUAGUUGCAGCCACUUCACAGAAAGAAGACCAUGAUGGAGAUGCAACCAUAGUUGCAGUCACUUCACAAAAUGAAAUUGGCAAAAGAAAAAGGGAAAAGGAACGUGUAAGAAGGAACACCAAGGGUAAACGUAAGAGGAAGGAUGAUUCAGUACAAUAUUAUACUGCUAGGGAGGUUGAGCCAAUUCAAUUUUACGCUACACCAUUCAGGGCUGAUCCGAUGCAUUUAUGUUGUCAUUGUCGUGUUAUUAGUCACAUUGAUCAUUCAUCCAUUAAAUUUGGCAAAAGAGUGAAGAAAAAGGAUAAAGCAAGAAAGAAGUUGAGCAAGAAGACAAACCGGAAACGCAAGAGGAAGGAUGAUAGAGCGCAAUGUGAUGCAGCUGGUGAGGAUGCCCUGUCUCAAUUUCACAGUGCAGCUACCAAGGAUAAUCAGAUUCAAUUAUCUCCUGUUGAUAGCAAGGAUGAUCAACAGCAGCUAGUUCUUGCAGAUGGUGAGGUUGAAGGUUUGCAGCCACAUCAUGCUGAUGGUGAGCUUGAUCAUUCUGAACCAAGUCAUGCUGCUGUUGAAGGUGAGCGAUCAGAGACUAACCAUGCAGCUUCUGAAGGUAAAGCAGCAGAGUCCAGUAAUGCAGCAGAUAAGGUUGUUGACCCAAAUGGUGGUGACAUAGCCCAUGAAAUUAAUGACUUGAAUCUUUCUCCUGUUGCUGGUGAGAGUCUUCCACAAACAGCAAAAGUUGAAGGAGAGGUUGUUCCAGGGACAUCUGUUGAAACUGGGAAGGAUGUUGCACAGCAGAAUGAUAUUAAAAGUUGCAGUGUUGAAUGAAGGUAUUGUCAUGAAGAAUGAAUGAAUCUUUGCAAAUUAAGUCAUCAAGAGUUGCUUUCGGAAUUUGCAAUUUUCCUGCACAAUUUGAUUCUUAAUUCAUCAAUUUUCUUGUCUACUUUGGAUUGCCUAAAAUUUAUACCUAUAAUUGCAGGAAAGCCUGGGUGAUCUCUGCACAAAGGUAAAUGAGGUUAUCGUGUGUAUUUAUGAUCUCAAGUUUCUCUACUAUUUGGCCUCUUGAAAAUGGCCAUGGUAUGCUCUGUUUUCCGAUUUCUUGUUUAGUUUUUUAGUUGUUGCUUAUUGAAUCAGUUCUAUUAAUGUAGGGGGAAAAUUAGAAGUUUGUCA